CUCAACCUCGUUGUCUUUUGCUCUUUGCUCUUCAACUCUAACGGUUAGGCUUUGCUUUCGCCCGCCUGCUUUCAAGAAUCAAGAUGAAGCUCUUGUCCAUGUACCUCGUCGCGCUCUACGCGCUCUUCACCAGCGUCUUCGCCGGUGUUGUCCAGCAGCGCGCUCCCAGCGACGCUCUCUCCGUCCUCAAGAACCUCAACCAGCAAGCUGAACCAUACACCAACACCAUCAAUAGCACCAUCACGCCUCUCAGCAAGGACAGCUCCCCCGCCGACCUCUCCGCCGCCGCUACCGUCGUCGCCCAGGCUCUCCAGGGCCUCGAGGGCAUCGUCACUAACGCCGUUGAGGUUUUGACCGGAAACGAGCCUCUGAAGAGCGUUACUAUCCGUCAGGACCCGACUGGCACCGCAGCCGCGAGCACUCUGUCGGCACUCCUCGCGGAGAUCAGUGGCCUUUCGUGGCAGCUGCAGGAUCUGUUCGGCUUGUCUGGACCUGUCGGCCAGGCUCUCGGUCCUCUCGUCUCCUCCGUCACUAAUCUCUGGGCUGUCGUCUUGGCUCUAUGA